GUUCUCUCAACGGUAUUUCGCGCCGAAGCACACCGUUUGUUUACAGUUGUUGCAGAUCGUUAGAUUCGUUACCAUAUGAACAGUAUUAGUGGUCAAGUACCAUCCUGUUGGGGCAAUGGCAAGCGUACCAUCUUUACGGCAGUUUCAGUUGACUGGAUUCAGCAAGGAGGACCGUGUGCACAUUAGAACCCUCAUCAGCUCACUAGGUGGCGCUUGUUUUGAAUGCGAGAGCUUUAAGCCAGUCACGACACAUCUGCUAUGUGCCAGGCCCACCCGCAGCGAAAAAUUUCUUGGCUCAUGCAUUCUGGGCAUUUGGAUUCUUCGCACUCAGUACCUGUACGACUGCAUCGCAAAAGGCACCUGGUUAGACGAAGCACCGUAUGAGUGGAAAGCUGAUGAAAAAUACGAACAGGUGGCACCAGCAUGGCUAUAUGACGCCCCCCAUCGCAGACGCCUGGCUGUUACUAGGCAGAAGCAGACGAUCUUUCACAGUUGGCGGGCUGCCAUCGUUAGUGGAAAUGCAGAGAAAACGGCUGGCUAUAAGCGCCUCUUGGAAAUUGGAGGUGCUGAGGUUAUCGUCGCAGCCUUGCCGAUCGAAGCGCGGCAGCUGUGCGAUGGUGUGACGCACGUGUUCAUUAGUAGCAGCAUGGUGUCGUCGAUGUCGUCGUUGCUGCGCUGCCAGCCAGCGAGAUGUUACCGGCCAGAGUAUAUAGCCGAGUAUGUGCUCAAGGGUGCGCCGGUGGACGUGGCCGCUCUCCGGAUUGCUACGCGCGCGACUUCACGCGACGCGCCUCUUGUCGCGCGCGCGCCACCACGACUCGGCCAGGAGGCGGCGGCGCACGUCGACCCCAAGCUCGGCAAUGUCGUGGUGCUGCUAAAAGACGUGAUGGCAGCGAGAGACGCGUCGCGACCGGGUUCGGCCGGCGAUAAAAGCAGGACUCCUCCGCCACGACCCCUUGCUGAGGCACAACGGAUUGUCAAUCCGCAACGAGAAGCCUCGGCUAAGCCGGCAACGCCAUCUGGCACGUACUUGCUGCAUUGGAAUCCUGCCACCGCACGACGCGAGACGACGCGGUUGCCUUCCCGGCCGCUGGCGGCAGGCAACGGAGGACCCGAGGUGGUUGUGCGGCGCAGGAGGGGGAGACCUCCCCGCGAUCGAGGCGCGCCGACCGCGGGAGGCCAGGACAUCCGUCGGUUUUUCGCGAGCGGGAGUCGACCGCGUUCGGCAGCCGUCACCGGUCAGGACGCGGCGACCAUCUCCGAAUCUGCUAGUCGAGGCAGCGUGCUUGCGUUGUCGCGUGCAUCCGACGAUGGGGCGGGCCACGGCGUUACCACGACGACGGGGAGACGCGCGCGCGCUGGCCGCGUGGUCGCAUGUCCCUGCGAUGCGUCGCCGCGACGACGAGGACGCCCGUCGACCAGCAUUCGGCCGUCCCGUCAGCAACAGCGACCACCGGGUCUGACAGCGUCGCGUGACGCCGGUCCCAGCAUGGCACCGACGACGGCUGCGGGUACAGAUGCAGUCGCGGGAGACGGCGGGGAGAUGUCCCGUCGCGUGCCUGCGGCAACGGAUUCCGCACGUCGGCACGGCGACGCGAACGUUGCAGGGAAGUCUCGAGGCAGGCGUGAGAUCGGUGCGCGCGGCUCGACGGACGCCGCCCAGCGAGGGACUCUGCAAUCGCCGCACGGUCGGGAGCGAGAAUCUCCGCGAGGGAGCCGUGAGGGCGCCACCGUCGCACCGCAAGAGAGCGCCACUGAUCGCCUGUCGCCGAUGCUUGCGAUGUUACAGCGAUAUAGCAGGCUUCAUCAGCAGCAGAACUGCACGCGAUUCAGUCUUGGUCCGCCAGCAAAACCGCUGCUGCCGUACAACUAUCAAGAAGAGUCAAAUGUGCGGAAAGAGGUGGAACCAUAUACACCGGCAAAGGUCGCGAUGGUAGAGUCAUGCUUGGACGAAGAAUGCUGGGCUGCUGCUUCUGAUCUCAUUCUUACAUUCCUGUCAUCGUCUAGUCACCCUCCCUCCAGCCUGCUACGUGUCACGAUGAGACGGAUUUUACAGGAGGCGGGCGACGCCCACUCAUCACUGCGUGCUUACCGCACGCUGCUGCAUGUGCUCGACAUGCAUCCACCCGUCACAGCAACGCUCGUAGACGUCUACACGCAGUCGCUCGCUCCCACCGACACGUCCCCGCCGGAGAGCUGCGGCGAACCUCACUGGAGUUUCAUGUUGUCGGUGGUGAGGGCAUGUGUCGUGCUGUCGGACGGCAUUGUGACGAAGCUGGCCCAUGAGAACAACCUUCGCUUGCUCACAUAUCUCACGCAGCUCCUCGAGACCAACUUUCUAGUCGCUGCCGGCACAAGCGCUCCGAUGUUUGAACGGCUGCUGUGGCGUUCUAGCAGCGAGUCGGGAAGUGUGAACCGGCGCAUACGUGAUCUGCUACAGGUGUAUGCGGAUGCUUGCUCGUGCGCGCGUCACACACGCACGCAGCUAGAAGUGCUACGAUUGAUCGGCAAGCUGGUUGCCAUGGCGGCGGAGUGUUGCAUCAGGACGGACAACGCGCGAGUGCAGCAGCAGCAGCAGCAUCACCAGGCGACGCGGCGCGGCGUCGGCACUCGUGCGAUGCACUUCGCGCGGGAGCUAGUGACCAUGUUACACCAUGCGAUCCCGUCGAGUCAACACACUGUGAUGCAGAGGGCGCUAGCAUCGAUAGAGUGUCUGUGGGUACGUGCAAAUGCAGCAGACAUGUUAGCUGAGCGCUAUAGGAGGCAGCACAAGGGAGGAUUCAAUCAGAAACGGAAAUCGGACUUGACAGAUUCCUCCAGUGUCGAAAGAUGUCCACCACCUGAGCGAGGCGUUGAAACAAGGUUAAUUAUAAAAAGGUCAGCAGAAGGUUUGUGGUGCGCUUCCGACGUCUCCGAAGCCAAGAGGAAAUGCGUUAAUGUCAACAAACGAAACUGGAAAGGUGAGACACCGCUACAGCGCGCCUGUAUGCGCGGUGACGUCGCCGCCGUCGACGAGCUGCUGUCGCGGCCGGAUGUCGACGUGAACGCGCAGGACAACGCCGGCUGGACGGCGCUACACGAGGCCUGUAACCACGGCAACGCGCGCUGCGUCGCGAGGCUGCUCGACUACGCACGCGAUCAUCCAGGGUCGGGCGGAGUGGAUGUGAGUGCGGUCAGCGCGGAGGGUGUCACACCGCUACACGACGCCAUCAUCAACAAUCACCUCUCCAUCACGCGCCUGCUACUCAAGCAUGCAGGUUCGCUACUGGAGCGGUCGGAGAUGGCAGGCAUGGCUCGCUGCCGCGCACUCGCUCGCUCCGAAGAAAUGAGGGCGCUACUCGAUGACUACAUCGUCAACAACGACGACAUCGUCAACUACGACGACGAUGAUGACAAUGUGACGCAGAUGACAAUCGAUGGACGCGCGUCGGAAUCAAGCUGCAUGAAGGACGUCAACUGUAGACGCAUAUCAUAAAUAAGCAAUCUCAUUUCACGCAUGUUGGUGCGACGUUAUAUUGCAUGUUAUCGUACGCGAACGUAAUAACACACAAAACUCCAAACACGUCUGCCGAUUAAUAUUAUUGUGAUUAAUCAGUUCAUCGUUAUUACCUAUGCAUUUAUGCGUUAUUACUUUGCUGGCAUGUACUACAUAUAUCAUUGUUUGCCUAGCAUGUACUGUACUCUCUUACCUAGAUUUUUCUAUCAAUUUAUGUAGUAUGUACUAUACACGCUCAACUAGUCUUAUUUUAUCUUGGUGUUUUUUUUUUUAGUCUUAGUUUUAUAGCUCUUACCUAGGAUGCACUAUACAAACUUAGCUAGCUUGUACCAUCAUUCGAAUAUCCAAUAAUGCGAAAUGGGGGGAGGGAAAUUGUAAAAACCAGUGAUGAGGGAGUCUGGGUGAGCAAUGUAGGCUUAUACUUAUAGCUGGUUCCAGCGAUGCAUUUUGGUGCUUCAGGCAGAAACCUAUGGCUCCUAAUAGUAAUAGGUACUACAUACGGGAUACAAUAAGUACAAUGGAGAUUUGAAAUGCUUAUAAAUAUCCUCUUUGCAGUAUCUUCACUUGUUUUCUUCACGGAUUCUUGUAGGGGGCAACAUGGCCUCGAUGUCGACCCCCUGGACCCACCAGUGUGUACUUUAGGCUCAGUUAUUAUUCAGGGCCGUAGGCUGAGCAAAUUCCUAGGGGGGGUGGCAGUGGCAGAAUCAUGAUUUCAAGGAGGGGGUGAGAAA